AUGACUGAGACGCCUCCAACUGUCCAGCAGCCAGCCCGACGAGACAAUCCUCACCACCAGUACGUGCUGGCACCAGCGACAAGCUAUAAAACGCUCGAGACGUGGGCCAUCCGCGUCACGGCAUUGAUCCUCGUUGUCCUCCCCAUCUGGAUGCUCAGCCCGCCGUCGGUAGCCAAGCAGGACCUCAUCUUGACAUCAAUCCUCGUGGGCUGUUUCAUGAGUCUGACUCUGUUCGUCCGACCAAACGAGGUCCAAAUCCUGGCCGCCGCCACAGGAUUUGCCGCCGUGCUUGUGGCCUUGGUGCAACUUCGACAAUCCGGUGGAUGA